UAGACAUACAAAACUGAAUCUCUGUGAACUUAAACUGAAUCUGUGCGUGCUUGUGCCUGUUUCUUAAGAUUUCGCUGUCGAACAGUACAUGAUCAUCAUAACACUCCAUAUGACAAUCACUCCAUCAGUGUUAAAAUUCACUGCACCAAAAAUGUGUUGCCCAGUACUCUUCUUUUAGCACUCACUUUUUUUUUUCCUUUGGAUAGUACUUUAGUCGGGAAGGCAAACGGCUUAGAUUCUUCUCAUAAAAACAAAUAGCCUAUAGAGUGCAUAAAAUUCUGUUCAGUUUUUUUUUAGCAUAUGAUAAUGCAGGUCCACAAGACUAAUUGACAGUUCUAGUUUUAUUUUUCUUAUUCAUGAUGAUGGCUAAAGGCUAGUUGAGUAACGAUAUAAAAUAAAUAUGAAUAGGUAAUCGAAGUAGACAUUGCAUGGGAAACCACUGUGCCUUUUAGACUGUCUCAUUUUUAUCGACCGGUUGCUGCACCCAGGUUAUGGAAUAGUCUUCCCCCUGAAAUCCGCACCACUACAAAUUUGGGCCUUUUUAAAUCUCGUUUAAAGACACACCUUUUUAGACUCGCCUUUCCCCAAGAUUAGUUUAGCCUGGUUUUAUUUCUUUAGGGUUUUUAAUGUUUUCGGAUUUGAUCUGUUUUAUUGUUUUGUUUGCUGUCUGACUAAUCGUGAUGCGUUGUUUCGUUUCUUUUUUCUUUUCUUUUCUUCCUAAUGUCAUUGUAUAAUACUUUCCUGCCUUUUAUUUACUAUGUGCCAUGUUUGUCUUUGUUGUAAAGCACUUUGGGGACCUUUCGGGUUUUGUAAAGGGCUAUAUAAAUAAAUUUGAUUUGAUUUGAUUUGAUUUGACUGUACCACUCCACCUAAAUACUGAAGAAUUCAUUUACUGAGUAAUACACAGUUAUUUACAUCACAUUACUGGCGGUUUUUGUUCCUUAAAAUGGCGGAUUAAGUGAAAAUCUAGUGUAUGGUAGUAGAGACGUUUCAUGAAAGUCAGUACUUUGAAAUGACAAUGGCCAUUUUUAAUCCUUUGACACUUUGGUAUGUACUCUAUGUGAUAGCUCAACUGCCUGAUGUUACAUUGAAUAGUCCCUGUCAGUGCUUACUCCUCUUACACGGUAGUCUGAAACGUGCCCUGAAUCCCAGAUUUUUACUGACAUGGAUUAGGCCGCACUACACAAGUUUGCAGGUUCAAGAGGUUUUUGGAGAUUAUUAUCAUUUCAGACAUCACGCCGUGGAGAAAAGAGCUUUUUCUAGACACAGAGGGCUGCACAUCGGACUGCAACAAAAUACUCAAGUUCUAUGGGCAGAGCAGCAAGUGGUGAAAAGAAGGAAGAGGCGGGAUGUCUUUGCAGAACCAACAGACCCCGAUUUCCACAAGCAGUGGUACCUGUCUUCUCUGACUCAUCAAGACCUGAAUACCAAAGUAGCUUGGGCUCAGGGAUACACUGGAAAAGGAAUUGUGGUGACUAUAUUGGAUGAUGGCAUUGAAAAAGACCACCCUGAUCUCAUCAACAAUUAUGACCCCGAAGCGAGCUAUGAUGUCAAUGACGGAGAUGCCGACCCCCAACCAAGAUACACUCAGCGUAAUGAAAACAGACAUGGAACUCGAUGUGCAGGAGAGGUAGCGGCUGCAUCUAACAAUGGCGUGUGCGGUGUUGGUGUGGCUUAUAAUGCUAAAAUUGGAGGAGUCCGUAUGUUGGACGGGGAGGUAACAGAUAUAGUGGAGGCACACUCUCUCGGUCUCAACCCCCAGCACAUUCACAUAUAUAGUGCCAGCUGGGGCCCAGAAGAUGACGGCAAAUCAUUGGACGGCCCUGCAAAACUUGCCAAGGAGGCUUUCCAACAGGGAGUCACCAAGGGACGUGGUGGACUCGGCUCCAUUUUUGUGUGGGCCUCAGGAAACGGUGGCAGAGAGCAAGACAACUGCAACUGUGAUGGUUAUACCAACAGCAUUUACACAUUGUCAAUCAGCAGCACCACACAAUCUGGAAAUGUGCCAUGGUACAGUGAGCCUUGCUCGUCCACCCUCGCUACCACCUUCAGCUCUGGAAACCCUGGAGAAAAACAGAUAGUGACAACAGACCUCAGGCAAAAGUGCACUGAUUCUCACACAGGAACGUCGGCUUCCGCACCACUAGCUGCUGGAAUCAUUGCUUUGGCGCUAGAGGCCAAUACGAACCUGACCUGGAGGGACAUGCAGCACCUGGUGGUGAGAACAGCCCGGCCGAAACAUCUCAGCGCAGGAGACUGGAAGACCAACGGUGUUGGACGCAGAGUGAGUCACUCAUACGGAUACGGGAUCCUGGAUGCCGGAGAAAUGGUGGCGUUGGCGCAAAACUGGACCAGAAUGGGGCCACAACACCAGUGUGUUCAAACCAUGCUCACAGAACCAAGAGAUAUUGGGAGCAGGCUGGUGUUCAGUAAGAGUGUGGAUGCCUGCUGGGGACGGCCUGACUAUGUCAGUUCUCUGGAGCACGUUCAGGCUCGUCUCACACUCCUCCACAACCAGAGAGGCAAGCUGGCCAUUCAUCUCGUCAGUCCACUGGGCACGCGCUCUACUCUCUUGUUUCCCAGGCCAAACGACUUCUCCACUGCGGGUUUCAAUGACUGGGCCUUCAUGAGCAUCCAUUCGUGGGAUGAGGAUCCUCAAGGGGAAUGGACUUUGGAAAUAGAAAAUGUGGCAGCCAAUAGCCGUGACUAUGGAGUUCUCAGUCAGUUCACUCUCAUUCUUUGGGGGACCGGAUCCAAUGUGGUCAGCCCUUUCUCAUCGGACUUCCCUCGGCCCUCCAACAAUAGCUGCAAGACAUUUGAUGCCCAGCAGAUAUGCAUCGAAUGUAGCCCCGGCUUUUCCCUCUUCCUCCAAGGCUGCGUUAAAUUGUGUCCUCCCGGGUUCACGUCAGGGUCGCAGCUCCUCAAUCUCUCUCUGGAUAACUGGGUGGAUUUAUCUUCAGUACAAGCCUGUCUGCCCUGCCACCCCGCCUGUCUCACCUGCUUUGCCACCGGGCCCGCAGACUGUCUGUCGUGCCCCCCUCACAGCCGCCUGGUCCUCACGUCCUGCCAGCACAAGAACCAAGUCCAGCGCAAAUCUCCUCUUACCGGCAGCGAGCCGGCAGGAAAGAAUUCGGCAGCAGACGAUAAUAAAAUCGGAGGAAGCGGGUUCCCAACUGACCCGAGUUCGUCUUCUCAGCUUCCCGCCGUCGUGGCGGUGCUCAGCUGCGCAUUCAUCCUGACGGCCUUCGCGGCAGUUUUUCUCAUGCUGCAACUGCGCUCAGACAGGAAUAAAACUCCCUCGGCAUACACCGACAGACGCGUGGGCUUCGGUUUUGGCCCGGGUCGAGGACAAAGGAGGAAGGCUCGCAUAUGCUACAAAGGGAUCCCCACUGUGUGGGGGGACGAGGAACCGACUACCUACGAGUCUGAAUCAGACAGCGAGGACAUUGACGACCGUAGUGAAAGGACAGCUUUCAUAAAGACACAGAGUGUCAUCUAGACAGCAACUCUUUUGCGAUGGACUAUCUGGCGCCGACAUACGGGGAGUCCCUGGUUUAUCAUGUUAUUCCAUAGUCCCAAUUUGUACACUGGCUAUCAAUACAUUAAUUCACAAUUACAGUGAAUUUGUAUUUAUUUUCCAGAACAGGGGUGCCCCUAUCCAGCUUGUUUUCUAUGUCUGCUUUAACACCCCGGAAUCAAAUGAUCAGCCAUAAAAUUCAUAAUAAAUUGACGGGGCGCGGGGCUGAUUCAUAGGGGGCCUAUCUCCGUCAAAGCUGACAGAGUGGAAACAUAAAGAACUUUUUCCGUUGAAUUUUUUUGUGAAUAAAUGCUUAAAUCCCAGAUUUUUUUAUGGAUGAUUCUUUGUUAAAAGCAAAAAAAACAGGCAGUUAGCAUUAAUUUCACGUAAAUAUUGCAAAUCAUAACGCCAAUGCUAUAGCGGCUACAACGUUUCAAAAUGCAUGCAUGUUACGAAAACUAUAAUAAUUACCUUGAAUCCUCAAACAAAUCACUCCUGAGACAAUCCUUCCUAUUUGUAUGCGGUACAGCUUUCGUACGUUUUUCAACCCAAAUCCAGUGUUAGAUCCCUGCGUCCGUGUGUUUGAGAAGAACUCCUCUUGAUGCUGGGUAUGGACAGGCCCCCUACUUGAAGGAGUGGUGCAGUGUCUGAGGGAUGUGACCCGUCAAUAUGAUUAUGAAGUCUAGUGCUGCAACGAUUAAUCGAUUAACUCGAGUAUUCGAUUACAAAAAAAUAUUCAAAUUAAAUUUUGUUGCUCCGAGUAUUCGUUUAAUUAAAGUGGCGUUUUAAUGGUUUAUUUGAAAGUGUUUGCAAUUAGUUCUAUUGAUGAGGGUGGAUACACUGUCCUCUGGUCUGCCUUUUUUCACAUGGCCGAAUCCAACUGCUCCCUGUUAAGACUAACGUAAGCUAAGUUUUUGUUUGAGCUUAUGUUUUUUAAUGCAUUCUUAAUUUAGUUUAUAUGUAACGGGAAAACCCAUUGGCAGUGUAUCAAAUACUUGUUCUCCCCACUGUAUAUUUAGCCUUUUUUUGUAGGAAUAUGUGUCUGAACCAUUUGUUAAGAGCAUUGUAAAAAUAAAAAACUUUAGCAUUUAAGCUAGCGGACUUUUUCUAUGUAAGUUAGCAAGUUUUUCUUUUGUUGUACAUAGAUCCUCAUUUAAAAAAAAAACGUUUGAGGCUCAGCUCAGGUGUUUUUAAUUUUUCAUGUUCCUUAUCCGAUUACUCGAUUAUUCGAACUAAGUAGACCAUCGAUUAAUCGACUACUAAAAUAUUCGAUAGCUGCAGCCCUAAAGUCUAUGGAUCAGCUUAUCAGCAAGCUCUGCAGGAGCCUGAUAAUGAUCCUGAUUAUUUGAUUCAGGUGUAUUGGAGGAGGGAGACAUGGAAAACAAGCUGGGUAGGGACUCUCGAGGACCGGACUUGGGCACCCUGUUCUUCUGGCAUAACUACAGGGUAUUCCAAAACAUUGGGCACCGCUUGAAAUGGGAAUUUAUGAGACACAAAUGAGGAUUAGUGGUACUGGAAAUAGAUGGAGUAACCACCUGAAACUAAAUUGCCUACAUGUUGAAAUCCAAAAAGAAUUUUAAAAAUAUAUAUUCGAAAUAUUUAAUAUAUUAAAGUUUUUAACUAUACAUCGAGUAGAACAUAAUAUUUAAUCAGACAAUGAUUUAAAUAAAAAUGAAAUAUGCUAAUAUAAAGUAAAACAAAUUAAGGGUCAUUCGGGGGCCCCUAUGGUCCUGAAGCCCGGGAAAACAUACCCGGUUGCCCCAACCCCCAGGUCAUCGGUAUUUGCAACAUUAAUUCAACAUCGUUAAUUGUCGAAAAUUUCCAUGGCAACCAUACUGAUGAUUUUGAUGGAAAAUCAACGUUUAUUCAAUGUCGGUCUGCUCUCUGUGUCCUGCUCUAUGUUUCCCAUGCUAAAAUAGAAGCAUGCAUCACAAAACAAAAGUCAACAUUAUAAUCAAAUACACAUUUGUCCAAAGGGCAGAACAGUCAGGAUUAUAACAUAAAGAAAAAAAUAAGAUUCUGUGAGGUACAAUUAGGUACUGUUUGCACGACUAAAAAAACAAAAAAAGAAAAAAAGUCGAAAUCACUUAAGUCAGGUACGUGGUAACCAGUGUUGUUAAUAACGGCGUUAGAGUAUAACGGCAUUACUAACGGUGUUACUUUUUUCAGUAGUGAGUAAACUAAGUACUGUAUUUUUCGGACUAUAAGUCGCAUUUUGGGGGGAAAUUUACUUUAAACAAUCCAGCACAUAAAACAGAUAUGUCAUCUUGAAAGGCAAUUUAAAAUAAAAAAUGCAGUAGAGGACAACAUGCUGAGUAAGUGUACAGUAUGAUAAUGUUACAUGAUGCAUGAACAUUAAUGUGAACAUGGCCGGUAUGUUGACGUAAUGUAGCUAUGAAGAGUUAUUCAGAUAACUACAGCAUAAAGAACACGCUAACAUGUUUACCGAACCAUCAGUGUCACUCCAAAACACCAAAAUGACAUGUGAAAUUACAUAAUAAUGUGUUAUUAAUUUCACGCAUAAGUCGCACCCCCAGCCAAACUAUGAAAAAAACUGCGACUUAUUGUCCAAAAAGUACGGUAAUUACUUUGCUCAUCUUUGCAACGCCGUUACCGUUACUGAGGAUGUAAAGGCAUUUGUUACUAUGAGUUCAUACGUUGCUUGAAUGACGCGAGAAAAUUCUGAGUGACACGGAGAGAGAAUUGCGGGAGUGAGAAGGAGGGAAGGGAGUUGUGACGCCGUUGCAAACGCGAUGCUAGGCGGCUCCAAUAAUACCUGACCAAAGCCGACAGCCUACAAACUACGCCCACAUGAUGCUACGCUAGAUAUCACAUUUCUAUAGAACUAGAUGCAAAAUGACAGACUUGGCGGCGCUAGCAAAUGUAUAGAGAAGAAGAUGCAAAAUGAUACAGUCGCCGGCAUUCGUGAACAGCCGCCAUCUUAAAGCAGUAGACUUCUCAGGAAGGCUCUGUUGUAGAGAACCUUCCUAGCGAACUUAAGCAGCUUUUUAUCUAAAAUACUCCUGAAUUGACAAAAUCUUGACUUAAAUCUAUCUUUAAAUGAUGAAACAGGUUUAAAACUUUCACAUGGAGAAAGUAGACAGAAGGGAACUAAUGCAAUCCCGGGAGCAAUUUUAACAACUUUAGCGGUUGAUUCACUACAUUAAAUGACUUCCAAACAUAGCAAAGGUUAUUAUCUAGUUAUCGCAAUAGCCACAAUACCCAAGUUUAGUUAAGUUUAGGGUAAAUAAUUGGACUACGGCGAAUUGUCCCAAAAACCUUUUGAACUUCACAUAGUGAUGUUUUUUUUUUUGUUUUGUUUUUUGUUAUGAAAAAAAAAAACAUGAAAAGUAACACCAGCUACUUUGCCAAGUAGCUAAUUACUCUUUCAUUCACAUAACUGAAUCACUAACUCAAUUACUUUUUGGGAGUAGUAAUUUGUAACUGGAAUUAAUUACUUUUUGAAAGUACGAUUAACAACACUGGCCGUCACCCGGGGACUUCCUGUAUUAAAAUUUAUAUUAAAAACUGAUAUGUUAUAUCUGGUUUAAAAAUGUUCCAAUCAUACGUAAACUGCCUGUAAUAAGGCUUUACCUAUGUCAAAUUUCUUUCAUUUCAAAAUCUGCCUCAGUUGGUCAAGUUGUAUUGAAUUUUCUUGUGAACACGUGCUACACACGCUUAACUUUAAGUCUAAUUUAACACUCUAAAAGCUUUUUCGAUGAUGUCACUUUUUACCAAUUAAAAAAAAAAAGGAAAACGAAAACGUAAACACAUUUUUAACAAACUAAGUUUUUCACGUUGCUUUCAUUCUGAGGUCAUUUAGGCCAGAUUUUUCCAUUGGAAACUGAGGACCCCUUUAAGAGUUUCUGACCCCAACCCAACAAUAUGUGACUGAAUAUCAUUUUAACCUAGGCAAAGUGGACAAAUUUUAGGCCUUACUGUGUCAUCAAAUGCACCACAUUUUUAAAAUGUUGUAUUUAUUAAUGUAUCGAUUUACUACUUGUUUAAUUAUGAAAUGAACUAUCUAUUAAGUGGUAUAAAAAUGAGCUCUUCUGGCUAGCUCCCAUAAUGCCUGUUUCAUAUUCAAUGUCUACUUUGUCCUAGUUGUAGAAUGAACUUGCCUGAGCUGCUGCUUAACAAUACAAGUGUUUUGUCAGAGCCCUGAAAGAAGAUGAAAAUACCGUUCUCAUGCAAACCGGUAAUAAGAGGAAUAACAUCAACAUAGCUGCCAACUGGUGUUAUCUAGAAAAUGCUUGUUAGACACUGACAAUAGUUUUCAAUACAUUUCAGCAUUCCCAUGUGCCCUUGAUGGAACAGUGAUCUGGAAAAUAAUGGUUUAAAAGGCUCUUUUCCAAACUGCUUGAUAAAAAGGGGUUUAAGACUGGAAACUUUCUCCAUGUUUACUGCCAAUUGAAUUGCUUCAUUUUAAAUAUGUUUUUGCGGUUUAUAGCCUCGAGGCUAUUAUUGAUUUAUUUUAUUUAUUCCCAGAAUAGCUCCAUUAAGGGGAGGCAUCCUCCUCGUUUGGCAGCAAACGUUAUGUUCUUUUCACUUUGAUGGUGUUGUAUUACAGCAGUGGUACAACUAUCAGGGCCAAACUAAAAUGAAAAAAGGUAAUUCCAUACAAAAAAAGAGCCUUUGCCAGCUGACUUCUGGCAUUGGACGGGAACACCCUGGACUGGUUGCCUGCAAUUGCAAGGUACUGAUGAAAAUAGUCUUUACCUAAAAAUAACAUGCCUGUUUUGGAUAUGUAUGUGGGGAGAGAUCAGCGAUUUCACUGAAAUCCCAUGUGAAUUGCACACAGGAAGAUUUAAAAAACGAACUUCAGCAUUGAGAUCAUGUGCCAGUCAAAAUGGUUCCAUCCCUCCCUGUUUUUUUUUUUUUUUUUUUUUUUUUUAAUUAAUAUUUACCUAGAUAAUAUCAUUAGGAUCAUUUUCAUGCUGAAAUAAAAUGGCUUUGGUGUUUGCUGA